ACUCUUAGAUGCUCGGACGUUUUAUAUUUUAAUGGUCAUGAGCGUUAUCAGUGAAAAUUACAAAGGUCACUCUGUGUGUCAAUGUCCUGUUCCAGUGAAGGUCACCAACCCGCUCUGACUUGCAGCCGUAACCUCCCGUCCCUGGAGGAAAAUGAACACCCUUCCUCUAGAGUUGAUUUUGGACCUAUGCACACACCUGACAGUCCCUGACAUAGCCCACUGCUGCGCCGUCAGUCGCUCCUGGAGAUCAAUCUUCAACAAUAAUAAUUUGUGGAAGCGUUACUGCCACAAGGACCUAGAUGAGUAUUUGAGAACUACCCCUUGUGUCGUGGAACCGAAAUUCGUCAUUCCAGAGGUGAGGUCCAGCAGGUUGGAUCCUAUCUGCGAAUGGCGGCUGGCCUACAUGCGGCAGAAUCAUCUCUGGAACAACUGGCGCACCGGAAACUUCAAGAAACAGAUCGUCAUCAGUAACCCUAGCAACGAUUUGAAUUUCCACGCCGACAUCUUUAUGGAUUAUCUUGCUCUGAUUUACGAGGAACGGAUAGAGCUCUGGGACAUCAACGUGGUCCCUGCUCGCAAAUUGAGUGUUAGUUACCACUACAUACCUUCGUACGUGUUGAAGUCAUUCAAGUGUGGAGGCAAAAAUUGGGACAUCAUAGUCCUCAACUACCUCUCAGGUACGCAAGUGUUCCGAAUGAACGAGGCAACGAAGAUCAUCGAAAUGAAACACAUAUUUUAUUUUGAAGAGGAUGAAAAGCCUUUGGUAUACACAGAUGAACAUAUUAAAGGUAUGUUUUCUUAUCAACACAUGUAUCCGGUACCGUCCAUUGCCAUCUUGGGGUCGAUAUACGUGGGCGUAAUAAAGGGGAACUCGAACAACUUACACGUGUGGGACUUGGAGACAGGUGUAAAACUGAGGGAGGAACCGUGUCUGAAGAGAAAUCCAUACUCUUUCAUCGAAAUCAGUAGCUCCUCAACUAGCGAAGACAUUAUUGUUGUAACGAGCCAAGUCUGCGGGGGCGUGAUUAAACGAAUGCCAGACACUCUGCCAGGAGAGAGCCUAGACGUACUCGAUUACCAUUUUAACGUCUAUAGUCCAAGACUAUUAACUUUCUUACCCUUUAGCAAAACACAUCUUUCUUCUAGAGGUUACGGAUGCGCGAUCCAUAAGAAUUACGUGGCAAUAAAUGUUGGAAACGAGUUAAGUAUUCUGAAUUACGUGACGUCACAGGUCGUCUACUCCUCGACACUCUUCCUUACAGGCUUGGAUGUCAUUGACAACGGAAUAGUUUUCGUCUUAGGAUCAAUAUUCCAUUUAUACAACCCCUCUGUGAAGCCUAGAGUACGCAUGUCAGAAAAUGUGGUGUAUUUCAAAACCGUGUGCGGGAACUUUUUGCUGUUCCGGAAAGAUGAGAUAGGUUUCCCUACCGAACUCUGGGAGGCGGGAAUGAUCGUAAGGAGAACUCGUACAGAGCUGCCAAAAAGUGAUACUAUUAGGUCCAACAGAAGUUGUACUAAACUUGUGAUAAAAGAUUAUAUCAUGCCAAAUGAAAGAAUGCUAGUCAAUAUUUUAUACUUCUGGUAGAAAAGAAAUUACACUUAUGAGUAUUGUUAGUGGUUUCCAUAGACAUCAAUAACUAAUUGUAUAUGUUGAAUUCUAAGCUUGAUUAAUGUACGGUGAUUGAACAUCAAGAAAAACCCUCUUGUUAGUUUUUAUGUAGAUACUUUUAAUGACAUUACUGAUUACCGGUAUGUUAUUGUAGUGAAAUAAUUUUAAUUCGUUGUAAUGAUAAUGUUAUUGCUUUUUGUUUUAAGAAUUUAUUACAAUUAAAGUGUUAUUUUUAAUAUUUUAAAAGUA